UUUAUAUCGAAGUAAGAAAAAAUAAGCAAUUUAAAUAAAAGGUAAUAAUUUCUUAAAAAUGAGUCUUAUAGAAUGCUUUAGUGUUAUAAAAUACAUUCUCGUAUUUGUGAAUCUCAUAUUCUGGGUCAUUGGUGCAACAUCAAUAGCUCUUUCCAUAUGGAUGCUAGUUGACCAAACAUUUUUGGUAACUUUAUCUCAAGAUCACUCGAAUUUUUAUGCUGGACUUUAUAUACUUUUAAUUGCUGGUGCAUUAAUGUUUAUUGUUGCCUUUCUCGGAUGUUGUGGUGCUUACAAGGAAUCGCAAUAUAUGCUCGUUAGUUUCUUCAGUUGCAUGCUGCUCGUUAUUGUGGCUCAAGUUGCAGCAGGAGCGUGGUUAUAUGUUAAUAGUGAUCGACUGGAGGAACUAGUGAGAUCUAGUGUACAUAUAAGCAUUAAGAAUGAAUACGGUGUAAUUUCUUCUAGAACAAAAAUAGUAGAUAUUUUUCAACAACAACUUCAUUGCUGUGGAGCAAAUGGAUCAAAUGAUUGGGCUGGCAGUAAAUAUUCAAAUAAAGGCAGUAAUUCUGAAAUUUUAUUAACUGUAAAUCAAGGAACAAUUUUCAUUGUUCCAAAAAGUUGUUGUAAAGAUGAAAAAACGAUGGAUUGUGAAAAAUCUCGUAAAAUGCGCAUUGCAGAUGUCAUACCUUCUGCUAUUUUUAAUGACGGAUGCACUAAUCUUAUAUUAAAAGAAUUAAGGAAACAAAGUUGUAUCUUCUUUGGAAUCAUCAUUACCUUUGGUGUCUUUGAAAUUGUGGGUUUGAUAUUUUCACUAACCUUAUGUUGUGCUAUUGGAUCUAAUGGCCGAUAUAAAGCUUAAAUCAAAUUUUUUUUAUUUAAUUAUGAUUGCUGUGCCAAGUAUUCGAUACUCUUCAUAUUAUAUCUGACAUUAACUUAGCAUAUAAUAUUCACUUUGCUUAAUGAAAUAUGUAUAAAAAAAUUACUUAGUAAUUCCAUAUGUAAUACAAAUUUCAUCAU